CAAACCCAUGAUCUGAGCCAUGUUGUAGGAAAUCCGCUUGCGGCGGAUUAUUGUAAUCCGUCAGGGGUCUGAACGACACAUCGGAUCACGACAUAAAGCAAAACCCGGCGGCCUGUGACAGAUGCACCUCGUCCAAGAGUAAAAGGAUAAACUUGAGUUAUGAUCUGACGCACUGCUCAGUACUUCUUGAAUCGGUCAUCCGCGCUCCUGGGACUGUUUCCUGGACCCGUUCACUUCUCCCUCGUCAAGUGACAGCGAUUUAGCAUCACUGCACAGUACUGCAGCGAGCACAGGGAACGCUUUAAUUUGUUAGUUAAAGAGAUUUCCCCUGUCCCUUCCCUCGUCAGUCUGAAGUGCAGCCUGAACGGCUCGUCUGUGGCACACUGCGGCGGGCGCUGCACAAACUCCGCUAGCUACCGCGGCUAGCGCACUCUAGCUAGCGCGGCUAGCUAGAAGGAAUUUAUCAAGUUUAGUUAGGAAUUCAGCUAAUUUACCACCAACUGUCCCGAGCAGAGAAUGUCGACGAAAGACCAAAACAAGCUCUCCACCACUGAACGACCCAUCAAAGCGGUGCCAUAUCCUCCUGGUAACCGCCUGACAGUCAAAGACCUGUACGUCGAUGGAAGGCCCAGCGUAGAAACGCUAAAGGCCCAUUUGGUGAAAGAAGGUCGACUGGAGGAGGAGGCAGCUCUGCGAAUCAUCAAUGAAGGAGCCAGCAUCCUGCGCCAGGAGAAGUGCAUGCUGGAAGUCGAAGCUCCCAUCACAGUGUGUGGAGAUGUCCAUGGACAGUUCUUUGACCUGAUGAAACUCUUUGAAGUGGGUGGCUCCCCCAGCACCACCCGGUACUUGUUUCUGGGAGACUACGUUGAUCGAGGGUACUUCAGUAUUGAGUGUGUGCUGUACCUGUGGGCCCUGAAGAUUAACCAUCCCAACACACUGUUCCUCCUCAGAGGCAACCACGAGUGCAGACAUCUCACAGAGUACUUCACCUUCAAACAGGAGUGUAAAAUAAAAUACUCAGAGUGUGUAUAUGAUGCAUGUAUGGAUGCAUUUGACUGCUUGCCUCUGGCUGCACUCCUCAACCAGCAGUUCCUUUGUGUGCAUGGAGGUCUGAGCCCUGAAAUCACCUGCCUAGGUGACAUACAAAAGCUGGACCGCUUUAAAGAACCACCCGCGUUUGGGCCCAUGUGUGACUUGCUCUGGUCUGAUCCCGGAGAGGACUAUGGCUCAGAAAAAACCCAGGAACAUUUUUGCCAUAACAGUGUCAGAGGCUGCUCCUAUUUCUACAGUUACCCAGCAGUAUGUGACUUCCUGAUGAACAAUAAUCUUUUGUCUGUAAUACGAGCACAUGAAGCGCAGGAUGCAGGGUAUCGAAUGUAUAGGAAAAGCCAAACAACAGGCUUCCCCUCUUUAAUUACCAUCUUUUCUGCUCCUAACUACCUGGAUGUAUACAAUAACAAAGCUGCGGUUCUCAAAUAUGAGAAUAAUGUCAUGAACAUAAGGCAGUUUAACUGUUCCCCUCAUCCAUACUGGCUGCCCAACUUUAUGGAUGUUUUCACCUGGUCUCUACCCUUUGUGGGGGAAAAGGUGACAGAGAUGCUGGUGAAUGUUCUGAAUAUCUGCUCGGAUGAUGAGCUCAUGUCAGAAGGAGACGACACGUGUGAGGGCGGUGCUCCAGCUGUGCGGAAGGAGGUGAUCAGAAAUAAGAUCAGGGCCAUUGGGAAGAUGGCUAGAGUCUUCUCUGUCCUCAGAGAGGAGAAUGAGAGCGUGUUGCAGCUCAAAGGGCUGACCCCCACCGGGACGCUGCCUCUGGGAGUUUUGUCUGGAGGUCGGCGGACUCUGCAGAGCGCCACCGUAGAGGCAGAGGAAGCACGAGCUAUUCAAGGCUUUAAGCCCCAGCACAAGAUCCAGAGCUUUGAAGAGGCCAGAGGUCUGGACCUGAUCAAUGAAAGGAUGCCUCCACGACGUGACGCAAAGCAAAACGAGGGUGCUCCAUCUCUUAACAACCUGCCGGCCACUGCUGGACUCCCAGACAAGAACGGCACCAAUGCACAGGCCUAAAACCUUUAGCCCUCCCCAAUCUAUCCCUUUGCUUCCCCUCUCUGCUUCUUCUCAAUCAUCCCUCCUUCCUACUUACUCUCCCCCUAUGCUUCCCAUCUCUAACAAGAACAGGACACACAAUGCAGAAACUUUUUGGUCCAAGUAAUUUUCACCCUGCUUAAUUUAUUUAAUCAUCUCUAGGAAGUUUAUCAUCAUAGAGACUGAACCAGGGCAAACACGCGGGUGGCCCACGCGGCUGGGUGAGGGCUAGUUGCUCCACUUCAUCUUGUGUUUUUGGGGACAACAUUAUUCAUCCUCUCUGUUGAGUGUUCUUAGUGAGGCAGAGAAGCGGGCUGUGUGCUUAUUCAAAUGUGCUUAUGCUGAGAUCAUGCCCACGUAAAAGAGCAGUGAAAGCACUUGAUUCAAAACGAGAGCAUCAAUUGAAACCUCCACUGCAUAAAACCAUCCUUUCUUAUGCCAAUGAUAGUGUGAAUGAGCUCUCAGGAGCAAGUAUUGACAUUUAUAUGUAUAUUUUAAUGAUUUCCUCUUUUCAAUGUGAUGUUUUUUACAACACAGAUUUAGGCAUAAUUAUUUACAGAAAGAAAAGGGACAAAAGAAGGAACAAAAUGGAAAAUGGGAAGUGUGAUCCAUGGAUUAUUCCUAAUAAAUAUUUAAUAAAGAAUAAAGAACGCUUCUGCACAAAAAAUAAAAUGUCCAACUGAAAACUUGCCCAUAAGUUAAAUAAAUCAGUCUUGUGGUUGGUGGCUUAUUGGAAGCCACAAAAACUAUUCAUGCUCAAGCUUGUUCUAAAAUAAUGUGAUAAUGCGGUUUAUGGACCUUUUCCAAGCAUUUCUAUUUCAUAUUUUUUCGCCAGGUAUUAUGGUCGCAUUGUAUUUCUCUUUUUCCGGUGGAAGAUCUGGAAAGGUGAUGCAUUGAAAUGCAAGCUUUUAAAUCUUAUGCUAGUGUAAUUUGGGCAAAAUAAACUGUUAAUCUUGUCUAAAAUGUAUGUACUCAUGAUGGCGUUCACUUUGAUGGGAAUAGCCCAAGGAGCUAGUGGGUUCAAGGCUUGAUUGUUUGCUGCCUUUUAAAAGUUCAGCUGCCUUAGUCAUGUUUCCAUGACAACAUACCUGACGUCACCUGUCCGUCCGACGAAGCUGCAUGAAGUUUGGGAACAGAGAGCUUGGUUUUGUAUCUGGGCAAUAGAUGCUUGCAUUUCACUCGUGGUGUUUCCAGAUCUGCAAAUCAAAUACACUCAUUUUGACAGUAAGAAAAGUUCAGAUGAUGCUUAAUUAGUCCUCCUGAAUCAGAGGCGUCUUUUGAGUGCUCUGAAAAUGAAAAUCUUGAGGUGCAUUUCAGGUGUUUGUAACUGGGGCCUGGAUAUACUCUUUAAGGUGUUGGGUGAUAAAGACUUGGGGAUUUGGGUGGGAGUGGCAAGUCCACUCUUUUUUUUCUGAAAAAAUAAAAAAAAUCAACAAAACAAAAAAAAAACAUAUCUCACAGAAUGUACAGUAAUGAAAUGAAUGAAAUUCUUUAAAGCUGUGUUUGGAGAGGAAAAGUUUUGUUUUUUGUUGAGAACAUGUAUGACAAGGCCUCCCAAGGCUUGUAGAUGUUUCACUCCAUUCAAAUAAAGAGGCGAUUUAGUGCG